AUGGAUGGAGGUUUGCUUGGAUGAAGAGCUGCCCCCGACUACGGAACUGGAAGAAGGCUUAAGAAAUGGUGUUUACCUUGCCAAGCUUGCAAAAUUCUUUGCACCUAAUGUGGUGUCAGACAAAAAGAUCUACGAUGUGGAGCAGGCACGCUACAAGAGAUCAGGCCUUCAUUUUCGGCACACUGACAACACUGUGCAGUGGUUGAGAGCAAUGGAGUCCAUUGGUCUGCCUAAGAUCUUUUAUCCAGAGACUACAGAUGUCUACGAUAGGAAAAACAUCCCUAGGAUGAUAUAUUGCAUUCACGCUCUAAGCUUGUAUCUGUUCAAGCUAGGAUUAGCUCCACAAAUCCAGGACCUUCUGGGAAAAGUAGACUUCACAGAGGAAGAAAUCAGCAACAUGCGGAAGGAGCUGGAGAAGUAUGGUAUACAGAUGCCAUCUUUUAGCAAGAUUGGUGGGAUUCUGGCCAGUGAAUUAUCAGUGGAUGAAGCUGCAUUGCAUGCAGCAGUGAUAGCAAUUAAUGAAGCUGUCGAGAAGGGAAUAGCUGAACAAACCAUUGCAACUCUGAGGAACCCAAAUGCAAUGCUGCUCAACGUGGAUGAGGAACUGGCACAGGACUACCAGAAUGAACUCUUUGAAGCUAAAAGGAAAAAAGAAUCGAGUGCAAGUCUCAAGGUAGUGGGCACAAUCUCUGAUGAAGAGAGGGAUGUCUACGAGGAGCUGCUGACACAAGCUGAGAUUCAAGGCAAUAUCAAUAAGAUAAACAUUCACAUAGCUUUAGUCCAAGUGAAUGAGGCUAUUGACCGGCAAGAUGAAGUGGCACUGAUGGCAGGUUUGAACCGUCCUGCUCUGAGCCUACUUGAAGUUCUGCCGCAAAAUUCCUCAUGGUACCUAAUGCAAUUGUGUGAUGCUAAAGAACAGAAAAUGCAGGAUUGGAUUCCACAGAUAGCAGGGGGUCCAAAUAUGCUCGACAAAAAUGAAAUACAGAAAGAAGUUAGUGUUGCCAAUGCGGAAGCUGAGGCCCACAAGCUUAAACUUAUAGCGGUUGACAAUAUCAAUACUGCAAUUCGUAACUGUGAUCCUAGUAACACACUGGUUGCACUGAUGAAACCGGAGGCACAGCUGCCUGUUGUUUACUCAUUUGCUGCUGCUGUCUAUCAGAUUGAGCUGUUCAACCUCCAACAACAGAAUGCUGUGAACUACCUGGCACAUGAUGAACUGUUUAUUGCAGUAGAAAUGUUGUCAGCUGUUGUGUUGCUAAACCAGGCCUUGGAAAAUAAGGACAUCCUAAUGAUAAGGAAUCAUCUCAGAAACCCAUGCAUUGGCUUCAAUAAUCUGGAAGAAGAAAACUUUCAACGUUGUGCUGAUACACUAUUGUCUAUUAAGUCAGAGGCUUCAUCUCAAGGCCAAGAUUAUUUAAGCUGGAAUGAUAUCCAGAACUGCAUUGACAUGGUUAAUAUGCAAAUUCAAGAAGAAAAUGAAAGAAUCAUUGCAAUUGGCCACAUUAAUGAAGCAAUUGACCAAGGAAAUCCUGAGAAAACUCUAGAAGCCCUGCUGUUACCCACAGCCAAGCUGCAAGAUGUAAGACCAGCAAAUGCAAGGCACUAUCAGGAUGUUCUGUACCACUCCAAAGCUCAGAAAUGCAAGGAGUAUUCUCCUGUUUCAGAAGAGAGCAAGACUCUGUACUACAUGUAA